AUGCAGAUAUUUGUAUUGGGGGGCCCUGGGGCCGGCAAGGGGACGCAGUGCAGCUUAAUAGAGAAAGAGUUCUCUAUACCCCAUAUCUCAGCAGGACGUAUAGUCCCAGUGAAGGGUUUAGGGGCGCAUAGUACCAGUGAAGAUAACAUUGUCAAGGGGCGCAUAGUCCCAGUGAAGAUAACAUUGUCAAGGGUUUAUGUUUUAGGGGCGCAUAGUGCCAGUGAAGAUAACACUGAGUUUGUUGCUGCGUAA